GCUCCUCAACUGGCUCGAGAGCCCUGUCAUCCGCCUCCUCUCUUCCUGUUCCGGAACUAUAUUAUCAGAGUGCUUGUUUCCCACCCGGCGGAAUGAGGAGGAGGAAGAGAUUAGACUGCGUUCACCGCUGGGGAAAGGAAAGGGAUGGGCGCUGCGCGUGGCAUUUUGGGAACGCGUGGUAUUCUGGGAGCGCGCGGUCCGCCAUUCGUCUUCGCACGCCUUCCCCAUCAUAUCUCUUCUGUUACCUACCAGCGCCGAAGAGGAGGAGAAGGAGGACUAGAAGACCACAACUGAACUCUCUCCCUGUCAAGAUGUCUAUUGGUGUGCCGAUUAAAGUCCUGCAUGAGGCUGAGGGCCACAUUGUGACGUGUGAGACAAACACUGGUGAAGUAUAUCGGGGGAAGCUCAUUGAAGCGGAGGACAACAUGAAUUGCCAGAUGUCCAACAUCACAGUCACAUACAGAGAUGGUCGAGUGGCACAGCUAGAGCAGGUAUACAUCCGUGGCAGCAAGAUCCGCUUUCUGAUUUUGCCUGACAUGCUGAAAAAUGCGCCCAUGUUAAAGAGCAUGAAAAAUAAAAACCAGGGCUCAGGAGCUGGCCGAGGAAAAGCUGCUAUUCUGAAGGCUCAAGUGGCUGCAAGAGGAAGAGGACGUGGAAUGGGACGUGGAAACAUCUUCCAGAAACGAAGAUAACUUUUAUGUUGAACAGAACUGUGCUUACAUUUUUUAUUCAGGGUAUCUUGAGUUCAUGGGGGCGGGCACUUGUGUGUAUAUCUUAGAUUUGCUUUGACAUCUUUCUCUCUAGAUCCUAGGAAAUGUUAAACUAAAUAAAUCUGGUUGUUCUGGUUUGGUUUUUGGUUGUGUUUUUUGUUAUUUGUUUGUUUGUUUU